AACUUGUAACUGUUGCUUAACGCCACCGCACCCCUUACGUUUCCUCUCUCUCCACCUUACACUUCCCCCUCUCUCUCCUCCCCCCUCUCUCCCUAAAAUCCCCUCCCCUCCCCUCCCCUACCAACCCUCAAAUCUCUCUCUCUCUCUCUCUCUCUCUCUCUCUCUCCCUCCCCUCCCCUCCCCUCCCCUCCCCUCCCAACCCUUUAAUAUCUCUCUCUCUCUCUCUCUGUAUUUUUGUAUAGCUUCUAGUCUAGGAGUAUAUAACAGUACAGUCUAGACAGACACCUGGAUAUGGAAGUCGUUGCCCCGAAUUCCGACGCGGACGACACCCCGCGAAGGAUCUCGGCCGUCCGCGAAACCCUCCAGCUCAUCCAAUCGGACGACCCGAGUUCGAAGAUCGAGGCGGCGAGAGAGAUCCGGCGGCUCACCAAGACCUCCCACCGGUUUCGCCGGCAGUUCUCCGCGGCCGUGGAGCCGCUCGUCGAUAUGCUCCGGUGUGAUUCCGUGGAGGCCAACGAGGCCGCCCUCCUCGCUCUCCUCAAUCUCGCCGUCAAAGACGAAACAAAUAAAACCUGCAUAGUAAAUGCUGGUGCCCUUGAACCAAUCAUCAGUUUUCUACAGUCGGAGUGUCCAAAUCUACGGGAGCACGCAACGGCAUCUCUACUCACUUUGUCUGCUUCCUCUAUCAACAAGCCAAUUAUAGCUGCUUCCGGUGCCAUCCCUUUCCUUGUUGAAAUCCUAAGACAUGGUACUUUAGAAGCCAAGGCCGAUGCGGUGCUGGCACUUUACAACCUCUCAACUCACUCGGACAAUUUACCCUUAGUUCUUGAUGCAGCACCAAUUCCUCCGUUAGUUGACCUUCUUAAAACCUGUAAAAAAUCUUCAAAAACAGCUGAAAAAUGUACCGCUCUUAUAGAAUCUCUAGUCGGUUUUGAUGAGGGAAGAACUGCAUUGACUUCUGAAGAAGGUGGAGUGCUUGCAGUGGUCGAAAUCCUCGAAAGUGGGUCCCUUCAAAGCCGGGAACACGCGGUAGGGACGCUUUUGACAAUGUGCCAGAUAGACCGGUGUAAAUACCGGGACCCGAUUCUGAGAGAAGGUGUAAUCCCUGGUCUUCUUGAGCUCACUGUGCAAGGAACAUCCAAGUCUCAGUUGAAAGCACAAACGCUUUUGAGGCUAUUGAGAGAAUCUCCUUAUCCGCGAUCUGAGCUUCAACCGGAGACGUUAGAGAAUAUAGUUUGUGAUCUUAUAUCUCAGAUUGAAGGUGAGGAUCAAUCUGGGAAAGCUAAGAAGAUGCUAGCGGAGAUGGUUCAAGUUAGCAUGGAACAGAGCUUGAGACAUUUACAACAACGGGCUCUGGUAUGCACCCCAGCUGAUCUGCCUAUUCCUAGUUGUGCUUCUGAAGUUUCUUCAAAAUGAUUGUUUGGUGCAUCAGUUUUCCAUUUUAUUCCCUUUACUUUGUUGUAUAAUACUACAUGUUUUGCGAGAAGAACUUUGUGAGAUAGGAAGGAAAUAAGGUUUAGCGAAGAAGAAUGCCAGUCCAGGCCCUGUGAUGGUACCGGGUGACUGGUCUAGUGUCAAUAAACUUAAAAUUGUAUGAGGUUGCAAUCCAUAGUUUUGUAGUUGGUUCCCUGUAAAUUAACUUCUGCAUUUUAAUGUCAUAUACUUGUUUUCUUUCUCCU